AUGGACGCCGGAAACCAUGCCUCUGAGAAGGCAGAGGUUGAGAAGAUUCAAGAUGUAGUGGCAGGCAACCUCACAACAGGUUCUGAACCUGCUCUCGGAACCUUUGCCGACGUUGAUGAAAAGAAGAUUCUGCGCAAGAUGGAUAUCCGAUUACUCCCAAUGCUUUCGGCUCUAUAUCUCCUCUCGUUUCUCGACCGCGGAAAUAUUGGCAACGCCAAAAUCGAAGGACUUCAGGAGGACCUCAACAUGUCGCCCGGCCAGUACAACUGGUGUCUCACCGUCUUCUUCUUUACCUAUGCAGCGUUCGAAGUUCCCAGCAAUCUGCUCUUGAAAAAGCUGCGCCCCAGCCGCUGGCUGCCAUUGAUCAUGGUCUGUUGGGGUGUCGUCAUGACUCUCAUGGGUAUCGUCCAGAGCUUCCGCGGCCUGGUGGCGGCUCGUUUGUUCCUAGGAGUAACAGAAGCCGGCCUGUUUCCCGGUGUAGCUUAUUAUUUGACAAUGUGGUACUGCCGUGAAGAAAUUCAGCUUCGCCAAGCGCUCUUCUUCUCUGCCGCCUCCGUCGCCGGAGCAUUCAGCGGCAUUUUGGCUUUUGGAAUCAGUAAAAUGGACGGUGUCGGUGGCCUUGCGGGCUGGAGAUGGAUCUUCAUCCUGGAAGGAAUCGCGACUGUACUCGUCGCGGUCAUGGCCUUCUUUUUCCUUCAUGACUUUCCCGAAACCGCAAAGUUCCUUACCGAGGACGAGCGUGCGUUUGUUGUUCAUCGUCUGAAGUACCAAGGCCAAGUUGGCCAGGCUCAAGUGGCACAAGCCGAAGAGUUCGAAUGGAAGUAUGUUCGUCAGGCGUUUACCGAUUGGCAAGUUUGGGUCAACAUUUUCGUCUACUGGAGUAUUGUUUGUCCCCUCUACGGCAUCUCCCUCUUUCUUCCCACCAUCAUCAAAUCUCUCCAUUACACAUCGAGUACCGCGCAGUUAAUGACAGUUCCCAUCUACGUUGUUGCUGCUAUCCUAGCUGUCGUCAGCGCCUACUUUUCCGAUAGGGUAGGGAAGCGCAGUCCCUUUAUCAUUGGCUUCCUCUUGAUGAUGAUAAUCGGCUUCUCCAUGUGUAUCGCCUCAUCAAAUGCCCAUGUUGUUUAUGGCGGGAUAUUCAUAAGUGCUUACAAACGCAGCGCUGGAAUGGCUAUUCAGAUUGGAGUUGGAAAUCUUGGAGGUGCCAUGGCAUCCAAUUUUUACCGUCAGGCUGAUGGGCCCCGAUUCAUCCUAGGACAUGGCUUGGAGCUAGGCUUCAUCUCUAUGGGAAUUGUCGCCAGUUGCAUCUUGAUCUUCAGCUACUACACCGUGAACAAGAGGCGUGAGCAAAAGCUGGCGGAUGGAGAGGCGGCCAACUUUACGCCAGAGGAAUUGUCGGCUUUGGGAGACAGGGCCAUUACGUUUCGCUACAUGUUCUAA